GACUGGAUUGGGGAGACUGGUCUGGCGUGCACUCUGCACCUCGGGAACGUUUUUGCGCGUGAAACGGCUGCUUUUGGAAGACUGUUGCCCAGAAGAAAAGAUGUUUGGUUUUCACAAGCCAAAGAUGUACCGAAGUAUAGAGGGCUGCUGUAUUUGCAGAGCUAAGUCCUCCAGUUCUCGAUUCACUGACAGUAAACGCUAUGAAAAGGACUUCCAGAGCUGUUUUGGGUUGCAUGAGACUCGUUCAGGAGACAUCUGCAAUGCCUGUGUCCUGCUUGUGAAAAGAUGGAAGAAGCUGCCAGCAGGAUCAAAAAAAAAUUGGAAUCAUGUGGUAGAUGCAAGGGCAGGGCCCAGUCUAAAGACUACAUUGAAACCAAAGAAAGUGAAAACUCUAUCUGGAAACAGGAUAAAAAGCAACCAGAUCAGUAAACUACAGAAGGAAUUUAAACGUCAUAAUUCUGAUGCUCACAGUACCACCUCAAGUGCCUCCCCAGCUCAGUCUCCUUGUUACAGUAACCAGUCAGAUGAUGGCUCAGAUACAGAGAUGGCUUCUGGCUCUAACAGAACACCAGUCUUUUCCUUUUUGGAUCUUACAUACUGGAAAAGACAGAAAAUAUGUUGUGGGAUUAUCUAUAAAGGCCGUUUUGGGGAAGUCCUCAUUGACACUCAUCUCUUCAAGCCUUGCUGCAGCAAUAAGAAAGCAGCUGCAGAGAAGCCAGAGGAGCAGGGGCCAGAGCCUCUCCCCAUCUCCACUCAGGAGUGGUGACUGAGGUGUAUGUAGAAAGGGAACA